CAGCAGCGAAUUGAUGUUCUUUAUGCGUUUCUUGUAGCAGCACGCCCCCGUCUACACUCUACACAACACAGCCGUUACUGACCGACGAUAGCUCCACUAAUAAUUAAACAUAAAUUUCCCUCAGUAUUCACGUCAAGUAUCUUGUUCUGUUCCUCUCGAGCGAUCGCAAACCGCUCGCUCCGAUCAGUAACCGCUAUCUAUCUGCUGCUCUGCUGCUUUAGCGCGCGGCAUGCAAGGAGGAGGAGGAGCGGUGGUGGCCGACAGCAGCAGCAGCAAGGACGGGCACGCUCCCGCGAGGGCGCCGGCGCCCGGGAGGAGCUUCCCGGCGAAGCUCGUCGCCCGGCCGCAGCUCCUCUUCGCGGUGCUCGCCACCGGCUUCCUCGCCGCCGCGCUCCUCCUGUUCGUCCUCGGCGGCGGCGGCGCCGUCCCGUACUACCGCCUCCCGGCGCUCGCCGUCCAAGACGUCCUCCUUGCGGCGCCGUGCGCGGAGGAGAAGGAGGAGGACCAGGUGGUGGAGCGGUGGUGGGCGCGGCCGCCGGCGAGGAGCGCGUGGCACAACAUGAGCGACGAGGAGCUGCUGUGGGCGGCCUCGUUCGAGCCGCGGCGGCGGCGGGGGCGGGGGCGGCCGUCGGCGCCGGGGAAGGUGGCGUUCAUGUUCCUGACCCGCGGGCCGCUGCCGCUGGCGCCGCUGUGGGAGCGCUUCUUCAACGGCACCGGCGGGAGGGGGCUGUUCUCGGUGUACGUGCACACCACGCCGGGGUACCGCCUCGACUUCCCGCCGUCGUCGCCGUUCCACCGGCGACAGGUGCCCAGCAAGGCGACACGGUGGGGCGAGACGAGUGUGGUGGAUGCCGAGCGCCGUCUGCUCGCGAACGCGCUCCUCGACCUCUCCAACGAGCGCUUCGUCCUCCUCUCCGAGUCCUGCAUCCCGCUGCACCCCCUCCCCGCCAUCCACGCCUACCUGACCCGCUCUCGCCACAGCUUCGUUGGCGCCUUCGACGACCCAGGACCGCACGGCCGGGGCCGGUACCGCACCGCCCUCGCCCCCGACGUGUCCGUCUCGCAGUGGCGCAAGGGCGCGCAGUGGUUUGAGAUGGACCGCCGUCUCGCCCUCUUCGUGGUCGCCGAUGGCCGGUACUACCCGAGGUUCCGGGAGGUGUGCCGACCACCCUGCUACGUGGACGAGCACUACCUCCCCACCGUGCUUACCAUCGAGGCGCCCAUGAGCAUCGCAAAUCGAAGCGUCACGUGGGUCGACUGGUCUCGUGGGGGCUCGCACCCGGCCAUGUUCGGCGCCGACGAUGUGAGCAAGGACUUUUUGGAGAGGCUGGCGGGGAAGAAGGAGAAGGAGACGGAGAGGUGUAUGUAUAAUGGGCAGCCGGCGGUGGUAUGCUCCCUAUUCGCAAGGAAGUUCGCACCCGGCACGUUGCAGCCACUGCUCCAGCUUUCCACCAGGAUCCUCGGAUACUAGCUUCAUUAGUAAACUUACUGAUGCAUGUUUUUCAGUCUUAUAUAUCUAGCUCAUACCAACUCACUGAGAGAGACGACAAUAGAGAGAAAUAGAAUUCUUUUUUAUAUAUGUGGCAAAACCCUGUGGAUGGUGGAGUUGACAUUUUUGCUUGCA